GCGCCGUCGCCUCUUACAAGUUACACCCGGCAGCCCGCGCCCUCAUCACCUGCUGGUCCCCAAGUUUCGCAGAGUUUACAUUUAAAGAUGUCGGGGGAGGAAGAGGAGAAUGCUGCAGAGCUGAAGAUUGGUGAAGAGUUUUUGAAGGCCAAAUGUUUGAUGAACUGUGAAGUGGCACUGAUUUUGGAUCACAAAUAUGAGCAGCUGCAGCAAACGGCCGAAGACCCUACAACUCAAAUUUCUCAGGUAUUUGAGAAGUCCUUGCAAUAUGUUAAACGUUUCAGUCGUUAUAGAAAUCCUGAUGCUGUUAGGCAAGUUCGAGAAAUCCUCAGUAGGUACCAAUUAGCUGAGUUCGAGCUUUGUGUUCUUGGCAACCUUUGCCCUGAAACGGUAGAGGAAGCUAUAGCAAUGGUCCCUUCAAUCAAGACAAAGGGUCGAACUCAUGAUGAUGAUGCAAUUGAGAAGAUGUUGAAUGAUCUUGCUUUGAUCAAGAAAUUUGAAUGAUGGCUGAAAUCCUGAUCCGAAAGUGGGACGUUUCCAUCCUGUGCUUCCAAAAUGAUACCUUGCUAGUGGUGCAAUAGCUGUAGUGUAAAUGCUAUAUCCUCUAAGGUUUUCUAAAAGUGAACGUAUUUUAGAAGGAUUAAUGUACCAGUGAACACCCUUUGUAUCUCAAGGUGAUGAUUUCAGGGAAUUUCUGGGUCUCAACCUCAA